UAUGUGUUUUAUUACAGUUUAACAGUUUAUUUGAUGCAAUCAAUAGUGUAUUAUAUUUUGUAAUACCAGUUAAAGACAAACACUUUUUUUAGAUAACAUGUUGUCUGUAAUAGCCGUCGACUGUAAUCAGCUGAUGAUCGGCCAAUACGAUUGUAAGCCGCCGGUGAUUGAUGUGGACACUCAACAGCCAGUAUCGUGCAAUCGAUCCGAUCGGGCAUACGUUAAUUGUACGCUAGUUGAUGGACUGGUAUGCCGGGCAACUGGUCGGCCAGAGUUUGAACAGCCAAUCGACUGCCGACAUACUAACGGCUAUUCGCACGAAACGGCACUAUUGUUGUCCAUUUUUUUGGGUAUGUUCGGUGCCGAUCGGUUUUAUUUAGGCUAUCCCGGACUCGGACUACUCAAGUUUUGUACCCUCGGGUUCCUGUUUUUGGGCCAAUUGGUCGAUAUUAUAUUGAUUGCACUGCAAAUUGUCGGCCCGGCCGACGGUUCCCACUAUGUUAUCAAAUAUUUUGGUCCGAAAUUGGAUAUAAUGGCCUACAAUACGGCCACCGAUAUUAUCUACGAAGAUAACUGGCCUCAACUGAUGAACACCUGAUGAAGAUCCUGAUGCCGGGUGCGGGGAGGGGUGGUUUUGGUGGGGGCGGUGGCGGGGGUUUAAUGUAUAGGAUAUAUAAUAUAUACGGUAUAUAAACUUGUAUUUGUAAUUGUGUUACAGUUAUUGUAAUCACUGUUUAAUACUUAGCCGUUAUUAAUACUUGUAUA